UCGAUACGAAGCGAACGCGUUUCGAGGAACCGACCUCUCUCCCCGGAAGUGAUCGUUUUUUGGUGUUUGUGGUGUGUGCUGAUCCUGUUGGUGUUCUUUUUCUAACCAUACCUACUUGCAAUUAUUACUAUACACUACUCCACCGAAGACCAGAUUGUAUACGAGAGUGAGAGCAGGAGCAGUCUAACUGCGAGAGAAGGAAGAAAGAAGCCAUAGCAUAGUGCGGUGUGUAGUUGUGAAUAAGAUAAAAGUGUUUGAACUUGGCAAGGCGAAAAAGAAGUGAAUCAAGAGCUAAAGUUAUCAGUCAGUCUAUCUCUAGUGUUGGCGCAGACGGAAAACGAGAGCAGUGAGAGAGCAAAGUGAUCGUUAUUUUUAAUCAGUUGAAUAAACAACAAUUGGGUGUUUUAAAAUAAUAACAAUAAAUCAUCGAAAAUUGCGAUUCCAAGUGACUGUGUUAGUGUGCUGGCAAGAGUAAUGCAAAAUUUCUAGUGAAGAACCGAUUAGUAACUGAAGAGGAAUAGUGUUUCGAGUAUCAAUGGAUUAACUGUUUAAAUGCAUUUGGUCGGAAAUAGUGUGUGGUUGUUAUUAUAGCCUGUCGAUUGAGUUGAAUAAACACUUUGAUUGUGACGUUAAAUGGGACCCCGCUAUGCGAGAAUAAAGACACGCAGCUUUGCUUCAGCAAUACUGGCUCGCAGCUUGGUGUAAUCAACUUUUGAGGGUUCUACAUAUCGCCACCCAAUUCAUGCAAAAAGGCACGGAAAACAAUUUCCACAGGAACACAGUGAAGCUGCUGUUCGUCGAUCUUCCAACAGAGUGAAUGAAAAGAAAAGGCAAGCAAAGUGGAAUAAUUUCUGAUUGUUGAUGUUUUUCCUCAGCAUCCAAGGAUCGAUCGAAAUGCAAAAGAGUAAUCUCGGUCGUUGUGAAUGAAAACAAAUAGCUCACGAAAAUUUCAUCGCUGCUGCCGUCGUAGCCGUAGUCGCCGUCGUUUUCGUCAUCGUCACCAAGCUGACAUCGCCGGUUGCCGUGUCUGAGUAAAUUUAUUCACGCUGAAAAAGAUCCGAUGCCGUGCUCUUAAAAAUACAACAAGUUUAGUUUUAUGACGAGAGAGAAAAUAAACUGCCUGUAAAAAUAGUGUAUCUCUUGAGCCAAUGCAAACUAGUAUUCCCGUUGUGUGGGGGGUGCUACAAAACGAGAUUGCGCGGGGCGUCAGAAGAAAAGCCAUAUGAUUGGUGUUUGUUGUUUUAGUUGUGGUUCUAGCUGGUUGGAGCUGUUGUGAUUGCAGCGGAAGAAAUUGUUAGUUUGCCGAUAUUUGAUUCGCUGGUGAAGAAAAAGAAGAAACCGCAAGAAUUGCUGUUUUCGGGGCUGAUAAGUACCGUGUAAAGUGAACCCGGAGUAGUGUAUCGGAGUGUUGGUAUCCUUUUGGGUAGGUAAACAGAAAAUUACCCACUGGAAAGUUGUGCAAGUGAAGCACCGAAGUGCUUCUGUUUUGUUGGUUUUAUUUUAUUACUUUCGAGUUGCAUCAUUGAGCCGAGAGACUUAGAGUGGCAAGGAACAACGAGCGGACCGUUUCAACUGCGUUGCUCUGAAGCACAUGCAGGUGUUUACCAUCGCGUGGAGUCGCGCCGAUCGGCCCCGCUCUAAGGGGCCAUGACGCGUUGGCCCGUUCUAUUGCUCUCACUGCUCUCGGCGGCGUUUGCCGGCGCCCCGAACACCGAUGGAACGUUCCAACCGUCAGCAGCUGGCUCGACGACGUUGUCGCAGUCACUACCCCCGGCUUCCCCAAUGCUGGCCGCCUCAUCGUCUGCUCAGGGAACCACACAUCACCAACAGCAGCAGCAACAGCCGUUAUUACAACCACAAUUUAACCUCCCACAAAUGCAGAAUUCCUACGCCUCAGGGGCGACGUUCAUUCCCAAGCUAGCGAACUCUAGUCCUAACCAUCAAAAGUUCAAAAACAAUCGCACCCAGCUUGUGGUGGGUUACCUAACGGCGCUCAAAGGCAAUAUGAAGGAUAAGCAAGGUCUUACCAUAUCCGGUGCUCUAACCAUUGCCCUGGAGGAAAUCAACGCUGAUCCCGAUUUGCUGUCAAAUGUGACCCUGGCGCUGCGAUGGUACGACACCCGUGGCGAUACGGUGACUGCGACACGUGCCAUUACCGAGAUGAUUUGCGAUGGGGUAGCUGCCAUUUUUGGACCGGAAGGUACCUGUAAGACUGAAGCUAUCGUGUCGCAAAGCCGCGACAUUCCGAUGAUCUCCUAUAGAUGUUCCGAACUGCACCGGAGUACACCUAUACCCACGUUUGCUAGAACGGAACCUCCAGAUACGCAGGUCACAAAGUCCAUCGUAUCACUGCUGAUGUACUAUGGGUGGAAAAAGUUCUCCAUCAUCCACGAGGAUAUGUGGAAAAACGUUGCGGAUUCACUGGAAACCCAAGCGCAGCGCAACAACCUAACCGUCAAUCACGUGCAGGAGGCACACGACUAUCACAUAUGCUGCGAAAACAAUCUGGAUUGUUGUCGUAGUGGAUAUUGGUAUACGAUCAUCCAAAAUACGAUGAACAAGACGCGAAUCUACGUUUUUCUAGGCAAUCCAAAUGCCCUCGUCGACAUGAUGACCCAGAUGGACGCAAUGCAGCUCUUUUCGAAAGGUGAAUAUCUGGUGAUAUUCGUUGACAUGAUGACGUACUCACUGAAGGAAUCGAAAAAGUACCUCUGGCGGUUGGAUCGAGUGUCUCAUCACAAAAACUGCAAUGACAUGGACCAGUUUCUGCAGCGCGGCCGCAGUUUGCUGGUGGUGGUUGCUUCCGAGCCUCAUCCAGAGUUUGAACAGUUCACUAAUAAAGUUCGCGAAUACAACCAGAAGGAACCGUUUACGUUCAAAAUGCCGAUGCUGUUCCAGUCGUACGCCAAGUACGUUUCAAUCUAUGCUGCCUACUUGUACGAUUCGGUAAAAUUGUAUGCCUGGGCUUUGGAUAAGCUUCUGAAGGCGGAACAGGUGCAUCGGCCGUUAACGAGCGACGUUAUACAAGAAGUUGCCAGCAACGGGACACGGAUCAUCGAAACAAUCAUUCAGAACCGAACCUACCGAAGUAUCGCGGGUGCGAUGAUCAGAAUCGACGAGUUUGGCGACUCCGAGGGGAACUUUUCGGUGCUGGCUUUGAAGUACGAACCGUACACGGAAGGGAACUUUUCCUGCGACUUCCAAAUGAAACCGGUGGCCCACUUCCAGAUGCGGCAGUUUCAGCAAAGCAACGAUUCUGCCCAGAAGCGAAGCGAUGAAAUCCCAGAAUUCAAGUUGUCCAGAGCGGGAACAGCAAUAGACUGGGCUGGGUCGGAGCGUCCGAUGGAUGAGCCUUCCUGCGGAUUCAUGAACGAGCACUGUACGAAGGAUGAAUCUCACGUCACGUCCAUGGUGAUAGCAGGUGUGCUUGGGCUGGUUCUGUUCUGUGCGUGUGUCAUCAUGAUGAGCAUCUAUCGUAAAUGGAAAAUCGAACUCGAGAUCGAAGGUUUGCUUUGGAAAAUAGAUUCCAGUGAAAUCAAAGGAUACUUCAACACGGAGAUAGUUUCAUCUCCGAGUAAGCUCAGCCUGGCCAGCGCUCAGUCAUUUGGGUCACGCUGCUCGAACCAGGUAUUCACGCCAACGGCCCGCUUCCGGGGUGUGGUGGUGCGCAUAAAGGAGCUAAAAUUUUCCCGCCGCAAGGACAUUUCCCGAGAGAUCAUGAAGGAGAUGCGGCUGCUACGGGACUUGCGGCACGAUAACAUCAAUAGCUUCAUCGGGGCCUGUGUCGAACCGAUGCGGAUAUUACUAGUCACUGAUUACUGUGCCAAGGGUAGCCUGUACGAUAUCAUCGAAAACGAAGAUAUCAAACUAGAUGAUUUAUUUAUAGCGUCGUUAGUACACGAUUUAAUUAAGGCAAUGAUUUACAUCCAUAGUUCAGCUUUAAACUACCAUGGGAACCUUAAGUCAUCCAACUGUGUAGUGACCUCUCGAUGGAUGCUGCAGGUAACGGACUUUGGUCUGCAUGAUUUGCGGCACUGCGCCGAGAAUGAGUCCAUAGGAGAGCAUCAGCAUUAUCGAAAUUUGUUCUGGAAGUCCCCCGAGCUCUUACGGGCAGAACAACGCAACGAGCACACCUACGGUAGUCAGAAGGGGGAUGUGUAUGCUUUUGCCAUCAUCAUGUUCGAGAUUAUAGGACGUCGGGGCCCGUUUGGGUACAGCGAUUUGGAGCCGAUCAAAAUUAUCGAAUUGGUUCGGGCACUUCCGGAGGAGGGCAUUGAGCCAUUUCGUCCGGAUAUCAGGAGUGUGAUCGAGAACGAAUGCGUUGCCGACUAUGUGAUUAACUGCAUCACGGAUUGCUGGGACGAGAAUCCGGACCAGCGGCCGGAUUUUGUAACGAUUAGGAAUAGAUUGAAACGUAUGCGAGGUGGUAAAUCGAAAAAUAUCAUGGAUCAAAUGAUGGAGAUGAUGGAAAAGUAUGCCAACAAUCUGGAGGAGAUUGUGCAGGACCGGACGAGGCUGCUGUGUGAAGAGAAGCGAAAGACAGAGGACUUGCUGCAUCGCAUGCUCCCGCAGCCUGUUGCGGAAAAGCUCACGAUGGGCUUGGGAGUGGAGCCCGUAUCGUACGAUUCGGUGACGAUCUACUUUAGUGACAUCGUUGGUUUUACAGCGAUGUCAGCUGAAAGUACGCCCCUGGAGGUGGUAAAUUUUCUCAACGAUCUGUACACGGUGUUCGAUAGAAUUAUUAAGGGAUAUGACGUGUACAAAGUGGAAACGAUCGGUGAUGCAUACAUGGUGGUGUCGGGUUUACCCAUCGCCAACGAGAAUCGUCACGUCGGAGAGAUAGCCUCGAUGGCAUUGGAACUUUUGGAGGCCGUACGAACUCAUCGAAUCUCACAUCGUCCAAACGAAACACUUAAGCUGCGAAUCGGCAUACACACUGGCCCGGUAGUGGCCGGUGUAGUGGGACUUACAAUGCCUCGGUACUGUCUGUUUGGCGACACGGUUAACACAGCCUCGCGAAUGGAGUCAAACGGAGAAGCGUUGAAGAUACACAUAUCAGGUCAAUGUAAGGAGGCGCUUGACAGGUUAGGUGGCUACGUCGCAGUCGAACGGGGGCUCAUCUCAAUGAAAGGGAAAGGUGAAGUGAUGACCUAUUGGCUGGAGACAGCUACCGAUACAGCCAUCCAGAAGAAACCGGUCGACUUUCGGGAUCUACCUCCACCGUUGUUUUGUAGGCCUAGGCGAUCUCCGAGGCUUAAUUACGAUUCACGGCACGCUAGUGUCAUCGCAAUUGCCAACUACGCUGCGGGCAGCCGUCGGCAGUCCAAUGCACUGAAAGAUCUCGAAAGCAAUUACAGUCUGCAAGGUUCGUCAUUUGAACCAUCGUGGCGAGACUCGCCCCGUGCCUAUCAACGGAGGCUUGAACGUACUCCACUGUGUAUCAAUGACGACUCCCAAAGUACUUUAGAACAGCAAAAUGCAAUAGGUAAAACCGAUUCUAGUGAUAGUCUAGUGAAGAAAAUCAUCUUUAACAAUAGCAGUAAGAAGUUUAGAAGUAAACUCCGAACGAUCGCCUCUACGGAUGAUUACCACAACAUCUGCAGUUCGGGGACGUUUAUGCGGGAGAGUCGGUCGUUGGAUCCAUUUCCCAGUGACGUUCGAAGACGAUUGGAAAGUAUUAAGUUGGAAAGAAAACCUCGCAUGGUGCAGAAGGGCUCGCAUUCACUUGAUGCUGGAGUAUCCACGAUCAGCAGUGAAUCGAUCGACAUGGAUCAACCAUCCAAGAUGGUGAUCACAACGGUGCCUGAAGACUGUAAUCAAGGGGAUGCCCACAAGUAUCUCAACAACAACUGCAACGGUUCGAUCGGCAAUAACGAAGAAUCGCACUGUCCGCUGUUGAUGCGUCAGACAUCGUUAGUGACUCCCGGUCAGGAAGAUAGUCUUAGCACCCACAAACGCUGGUACUCGUUAGAGAAUGUGGGAGCACCGGACGACGACAGUUGUAGCAAAAAGUCGCUAACACGGGGUUCCAUAAAAUCGUGGCUUGUCGGUAUCAUCGGGUUCAAAACAAGUGAUUCCAGUUUGCGGAAGGUGGGCGUGCUGCCAGUUGGUGUGGCUGGAGUGACGGGUUUCGGAGAGCUGCAGUCGACGCCUGAGAAGGAAAGCAUGGUUUGAUAUAGCGAGAGGACAAUGGAACGGGUCGCCUCUAGAUAAUAGCAUAAAAGUGUCCAAAUAUUGUAUCAUAGUUAGGAGUUUUUAUCAAUGUGUACUUGAUGAAGUCGGAACGGUGGUGAAAUAGGAUGGCAUACGAAUUUUAGCAUUGACAAAGCACCUAGAAGUCGAGGCAAGUUUGACUCAAAAGUAACUGUUCAAGCAUUCUGAUGCUUUCUUGGAAGGAUGUUAUUUUUAAUCACGCCACCAUAUGAAAUCGUAUUUGGUCUGAAUUUAAUUGGGUCCAUUGAAAAGUCAAAAAUAAACCUCGACAUUCAUGAAGCGAAGUGAUUUGAAAACUUUUCCAUUUGCUUCCCUGCAGUUCCUGAGACACCAAGAUAAAGUUUGACUUGUGAAAUUGCAAUGCGUCAUCAUAACUUUGUCGUACAAUGUUUUCUUUUUCAUUUCACGCAAUACCCAAAGUUCUAUAACAUAACACCCACUUACAAAUCAGUGUUCUUUGAGCUCUGCCACAGUUUUUAAUCUUGAGUGCAAGCUCCACACUACGAAAUUAAUACAGACUUCGGUAGUUUUUACUGUAAUCUCUACAGUUGAACUGUUUGGUAAAAUUUUGGCAGUCAACCUUUAUUGUUUUAAAGCUAAAAUAAAAGGAAAACUUCACUACAAAGACACGAUUUGAUGAUUUGAAUAAGAUUGAAAGUGCUUUGAAUUUUUUUUUCUGGGAAAAAUAGGCUUUAAAUUGUUGGUCAAAGUAUUACCAAACAUUCAGUUGUUGAGAUUUUUGUACAAAAGACUACUCAGUAAUUUCCGAGUGUGUGGAAAUUUUGAACCAAUGUCACGCUCUUAUUCUUCAUAUUCUUCUUCUUCUUCCAGUCGUAGGAGCUGUCAAACUCCCACUGUUCAAUGGCACAGCGUAUUCGCUAUAACGCAAUGUCACACUCUUUGUUCUUUAAACCCCGUCCGUUUAACGUACCAUUUUAAAAUUGACAUUUGGCUUUAGUACAUUGAAUGAAAAUCAAAAUGAAGCGUGCCGUAAGCGUGUGAAUUUUCUCGUCUUUAUUUACACGCUUUCUUUCAGUUGUAGUAGCGUGAACAUUCAAAUUAGAACGAAUUUCAGUGGUCUGUUGGAAUAAUAUGCAUUUCUUACAUAUAGGGGAAUUGGCUCUAAUGUUGGCCUAUCAUUGCAAAAAAUCUGCUAUUUAUCAAUUUUAUCUAGAGGAACGCGUCAUUAAGACGUUACUUGUGGAUAUUUUUAGUCGCAAUUGAAAAUUUAGUUGAUUGCUGAAUUUUUGUAUGGGCCCAAAUUAGGGGCAUUUAGGCCGACAUAACAUCCAUUUCCCCUAUGUGUAUAUAAAAUUAAAUAAAUAAAAGAAAGCAUAGGAGUAAGGCUUGCAUUUUUCAAGGGAGUAUCAUACUGAGAGUAAUGCCGCGGAUUAAUUUGUAUGACCUACUAUGAGCAUGAGCAUUCUUCCGCUCUUCGCAUGUCGGUCCCAUAGUCGUUUUUGUCAAAACUGAGUUUUCAAUGCAAAUGGUAGCUAAUUACCCAUAUUUUCAUAAUACUGGAUGAACUCAUCAACUUUGUUUUGAAAAAGUUUGGAAAGGCAGUCACAUUGGUUGUCCCAUCACAUAAGAAACAAUGGUACGAAGCAAACAUAAAACGCGAUUUUCUUGGCUUGUCGAUUUUCGCUACGGGAAGGACAUGCGACGAGCGGCAGUAUUUAUAUAAUAAUUAUGAGCACUAUACAACAACUAAACACAAAAUAUACAACUGUGACCAUGGAUGUGCCUAUAAUUUAUUACACAAAUAAUGCUCUUGCUCAUAGUUUGUCAUCCAAGUGUAUCCGCGGCAUAAGAAUACAUUUUAAUAUUUCUCGAUUAUUUUUUUCGAAGGGACGUAUGAGCUUUUGUAACCAAUGCAUUCGAUCGACGAUUUGGCGCAACUGGUAGCUCACCCACGUAUACUAACACUACCAUCAGAAAAUGGAAAUUUUCCCUACCUGAUAGUGGUGUUAGCAUGCGUGGGCGAGCUACCAGUUACGCCAAAUCGACGAUCUAAUGCAUUGUUUACAAAAGCUGAUACGUCUCUUCGAAAAAUUAAUCGAGAUUUUACUUCAUAAAACAAGUUUUAGACUGCUUGAAUGCCGAACCAACGAAGCGUUCUUCCCAGUGAAAUAUCUGUUAGGGCACGGGUUCUAAAUGGUAUUAGUGGCCGAGACUUAAGAUACGUGUUUUGCAUGUAUAACUUUUCCAAGUUCCUCAUUUCCUCAUUGUGAUAGGUGGUCACGCCAUGAUCCACCUUAAUCCGCUGACUUGCUCCUGCUUGCUGCAGGACCAAGUGCCACGCCGUCCGAAGCGAUAAUGAGCAGAGGCAUGACAGCAGCGCUGCUUUAUGUCUUUUCAGGCCCAAGCAGAACGAUGUAGAAUCAAAUGGUACUCGAUUAUGACGACUGGGUUAGGGAAAAUCGUUUAUUUCAUGUAAACAGAGAUAAAAUUAUCAUUUGUACAUUUUUCAAAUGUGUUUUUUUGUUGUGGAAAAUUGAAAAAAAAAACAUUUAUUUCAUCAGAUUUGUAAUGUAAUAUCCUAUCGAUUGGCGUAUUUGGAUUUUAUUUUCAUCUAUAAAUGACAAAGUUACUAGCGUUAAAAACCUAACACUAUUUUACCACACAUAUUGUUUGAUUUGCACCCCAGUAUAGUCGAAAAAGACGUAGCUCUACGUCAAAAAAAAAAAAAAAAACAAAAUCGACAUCCUACUUCAGACGCUUAGAUCACUUUUAACGUCUAACACUGUCCAGGCAAUUAUUUGACGAUGGGCACAUCGCUCUGUUAGAUGGGCCUUCCUGCGGAUCGAACUCCUCGAGCGGAAUACUUGACGAGGCUCGCUCCUCAUCUACCACUAACGACCAACAUCGAAAUCAUCUCAGCAACAAACAGUUCGAUUUAUUUACUUUAAUUAUGAGAAAGCGAAACGACGAACGUACACUUUUCACGGGUUUCUCUGCGCUGUUACUUAUGACAAACGGCAUCUUCAUAGAAAUCGGAAGUGAAAAAUAUUUUGAUCGGAAGGUGAUUACGUCAAAAAGCAAUUUGACUGGUAAAUAAAUUUAAAAAUGGGAUGUAAUCCUAUAUUCAGACAGUAUACAGGGUGCUUGACGAAUUUUUGCAGUAAAUGGCAUAUUUGAGAAAAAAAUACACCAGUUAGUUAUUCUAGCAAUGAAUUUUGUGCGAUUUAUUUUCUUUCGCAACAUAUGGAAGUUGUAAGUAAAUUUAUUCAAAAAAAUUGCCUUCCCUUUCGACGACUGU